AUGAAGGUCAAGAUCCUCUCAUAUCACGCUGUCGCUGCCUGGCGCUGGGACAUGCCCGAGGAUGAUGACUGCGGCAUCUGUCGUGUCCAGUUCGACGGUACUUGUCCGAAAUGCAAGUUUCCAGGAGACGAUUGUCCUAUCAGUAUGUGCCCAUUUCAGUCGUGCUCUUCGCAUUACGCUAAUAGGAUAUCAGUCAUGGGACAGUGUACACAUUCGUUCCAUAUGGAGUCAAGUCAAGGCAGAUGCCCCAUGUGCAGACAAGUUUUCCGCAUCAAAGGGACUGCCGACCAGAGUGAGGCCCAAGCCGAGCAGACUUCUCAAUCUUGA